CAGAGUAGGGGGUCAUUUUGACCUGCUAUCUGGAGUAGGAAAUCCAGCCAAGGUUCAAACAGGUGUUUGGUGCUGUGGAAGGGAAGUAAGAGCUGGAAUUCCUGGGAAGAGAUGGAAGAAGCCAGUCUCACCUGCCUAGCAGGGUUUGGUCCUUUUGGGGAACACACUGUGAAUGCCAGUUGGAUUGCAGUUCAGGAGCUGGAAAAACUGGGCCUUGGUGAUAGUGUGGACCUACAUGUGUAUGAGAUUCCGGUUGAAUACAAGACAGUCCAGAGGCUCAUCCCUGCCCUGUGGGAGAAGCACAGUCCACAGCUGGUGGUGCACGUGGGGGUGUCGGGCAUGGCAACCACAGUCACACUGGAGAAAUGUGGGCACAACAAGGGCUACAAGGGCCUGGACAACUGCCGCUUCUGCCCUGGCUCCCAGUGCUGCGUGGAGGAUGGCCCUGAAAGCAUUGACUCCAUUAUCGACAUGGACGCUGUGUGCCAGAGAGUCACCACGCUGGGCCUGGAUGUAUCAGUGACGAUCUCCCAGGAUGCCGGCAGGUAUCUUUGUGACUUCACCUACUAUACCUCUCUGUACCAGAGCCAUGGCCGAUCAGCCUUUGUCCACGUGCCCCCACUGGGCAAACCAUACAAUGCAGACCAGCUGGGCAGGGCACUGAGGGCCAUCAUUGAGGAGAUGCUGGAUGUCCUGGAGCAGUCAGAAAGUAAAAUCAACUAUUGCCACAAACACUGAGGGCCUUCUGGUCUCCCAAGACCUCAUUCUGCUGGCAAUCCCAAAAGGGACGUCCACCCUCCAGGGCCUGGCCAGGAAAAACAAGCUUGUCAGCUGGGGAUCCGAUUUGGAUGAAAUAUUCUGAUGUAUACACCUCCUCUUUCUUCUCUGCAAAAGCCCUGGUUGACUUGAAGGAAGCGGCUGAAGAUUUUUUUCUCCAUUUCCCCUUGCAUUUGGGAACACAGCUGCUAUGGCCGGGGAGGCCAGCCACCGAGUCCAGAUUUCCAUGGAGAAUCUUGAUCUUUGCUCUGCAGUGCCAUGGCCAAGGCCACCUGUUCAUCUGGUUUUCUGAAUUUGUUGAUGAAGGCAUUUCAGAGUUCACUUUAUAUCCAUGACUGGGUUUUCCCACAUUUAAAAACCUCAUGAAGAGUCUUUGCCUUUGAACUGAGCUAUGCUCCAACAGUCUGGCAGCCCCAGAAAAGGCCACCUUGGGAUAUGGCUUGACUUUUUUCUUUCUCUCAUAUUCUCUUUUUAAAACCAAUAGUGCUAGUUUGGGUAAGGAGUAAUUUAUACUCUCUUUGGUUAACUGUAGGCUUUAGCCAACAACAAAAGUGUCUUUUACUUUUCUUGGGGUGUGGUUCCUUCUGCCUCCUGCCCUGAAAAUUGGACUUAACGAUGCCACACCUUUAUUUCAGGGUCUCCUUUACUCAGGAUAUGGGGCUCAUGGCCAGGCCACUGGGUGGGACUGUCCCCCAUUGGGUGUGGCCAGAAAGUGCUCAGCCCUUUCAACUCUGAAGUUAUGAGCUGUCCCCACAGAGACAGGGCCACCAGUGGGAAAGCAGAUUUUGUCUGCAUUUGACUUUUUGUUUUAAAUAUGUAAAACUUCAGAGCAACUGAAAACCCACCCAACAUCUGGCCUGGAUUUGUAAGGUCUUGCUGAGGUGGGUGAGCUUCUUGUUCUCCUUAAAGGGGGCUCCAUAAAAUGUGGGCCUGGGGCCCGGGGUUUGCAGAGCUCAACAUGUCUGGGCAUGUUCAAGCAGGAGGGAGACGCGGAAGAUGACAGGUUUUUCUGUAGUGGUUUUUGGACACUCGCCCAGGAAUCAGGAGUAUAUUUUUGUUCUCUCUCUGCCAACUUUGAAGUUACCAGGCAGGGACAAGGGUGACGUCCCUCAGGAGAUAGCCAAAUUUAGCAAGAUAGCAACACCUAUUAGUGAGGACGGCCACUGACAACAGUGAAGCCAACUAAGCAAAAUGCACAUUUGAGAAACCAUUUUCUAUUUUUUGGAGGAAACAUGGUUUCGCCACUUCCUCCAAGUGUGACAGGGGCUGGAAUCUGAUUCCAUGUUGGAUCCAACUGGUGUUUCCCUGACAUUCAUUCUUUUUAAAAUAGUUGAGAUUUUUUUUGCUUUGUUUCAUUUUCUUCAACAUUCACCUUCCUUUUUUCCUGUUCCAACGCCAGGGUGGUUCCUGACUUUGCUAAGCUGCUGUACCAUUUGGGAACUAGGUUGAUGAGUUUCUAUGAAAUGCAUUUUCUGAGUCCUGGGCUUUCUCUGGAGGGGAAGGUGGGUGCCGGAGGGCGACUUGGUGUGUGUGCCUGGCAAUGCAUGAGGACUGCCAGGAAAUUAUCAGGACUCUGCUGUUCCCUCCAAGGCAGACCAUCCUUUGCUGACAACAUCCUCUCCAUGUCCCCAGUUUGAGCUCUGGGUCUCCUGAGAAAUCUGGAGUGUGGGAUGUUACCACAUCUGCUGGGCCAGCUUCUGUGAAUUGGAUUUGUGGCACUUUUAAAUGUAGAGAACAAUUCAAGAUUCAAGGAUUCCCCAGAGAGCUUGUUCAAACACCCUUAGGCUUCAUCUAGCUCUUUUCCUCAAAUGUCUGAUCUGUGGGACUCGAAGGAGAAAAUGGGUCUAGGCAAGAUAGGGAAAGAAGAGGGGCUGGGAGUUAGCCAGGUCUGGUCAGGCUCAGCUGAGGCUGAGCACCUGCCCCAGACUCCAUAUUUUCAUCUUUCUUGGGUUCUCAUUUCACCUCUGUAUUUAAAGCAUUGUGUGACUUAGCUUUGUAGAGACAGAACUUGUCCAAUCAUUGUCACAUGUAUGUAUGUCAUCUUCAUUUUUCUGUGAUCGUUUAGCAUUUCCUCACAAAGCUGAACUAAAAUCUUGUCCUCCUUCAUAAUGCAAAACGUUGGGCUCAUUUUUAUUUUCUUUGUUAAUUUUUUUUUUUUUGAGACAGAGUCUCACUCUGGGUAGAGUGCCAUGUGGCGUCACAGCUCACAGCAACCUCAAACUCUUGGGCUUAAGCAAUUCUCUUGCCCCAGCCUCCCAAGUAGCUGGGACUAUAGGCGCCCGCCACAAUGCCGACUAUUUUGUUGUUCUUGUUGUUGUUGCAGUUGUCAUUGUUGUUUAUCUGGCCCGGGCUGGGCUCGAACCCACCAGCCUAGGUGUAUGUGGCCGGCGUCCUACCCAUUGAGCUACAGGCGCCAUCCUCUCUGUUAAUUUUUUAAAAAUUCGUUUUUUUUUGGUGCAACUCACUUGUGCACUCCAUGGCAUUUCUGUCUGUCUUUGGUGAGUCUGGACUUAAAAUGUCCUCAUUUAAGGGAGCAGGGGAGACCAAGUCCCAUUCCUUCUCUCUCUAAUUUUCGGAGGCAGGAGAGGGGCGGGCAGCAGAGGACAGUCCGUGAAGUGGGCAGCACUUGGCAGGUGUCAGGGAGACAGGUGGAGUGAUGGAAGGAUGGGCUGAGGGAUGUAGUGAGAGGCUUGGUGGGAAAGGUAAGAAUUAAUGAGAGGGUGGGAUGCUUUUCCUGAUGAGCCCCUGGAAGGUGCUGAAUGGGGUGCAGGGACGGUGAUUGGGGCAUCUGGUGUCCUGACCAGCCUGGUGAUGGCAUUGUGUUUAAGAUGCCAGAGUUUGUGCACCUUUAUUCCUUUAUACCAACGGUUCUCAACCUGUGGGUCAUGACCCCUUCACAGGGGUGGCCUAAGACCAUCCUGCAUAUCAGAUAUUUACAUUACGAUUCAUAACAGUAGCAAAGUUACAGUUAUGAAGUAGCGAUGAAAAUAAUUUUAUGGUUGGGGGUCACCACAACAUGAAGAACUGUAUUAAAGGGUUGUGGCAUUAGGAAGGUUGAGAACCACUGCUUUAUACCUUCCCCUCUGCCCCUCAGUGUCCCCACCAAAAAGAAGGUCAGUGGCAGGGCAGCAUCUGUGGCUCAAGAAGUGAGGCGCCAGCCCCAUAUACCGGGGAUGGCGGGUUCAAGCCCCGGCCCUGGCCAAAACUGCCAAGAAAAAAAAAAAGAGAAGGUCAGUGGCAUGUGCAUGAGAAUGGAGCUUGAAAAAGAAAGAAGACAGAGGGGAAAGGAAAGGCAGAGAUUGGAGGUUGGUAGGCUGAGUUAAGUGGCACAGAGGGCAUCUGCUCCAUCAGGGGGCAGAACAGCCAAGAUCCCCAAGGCCCUGCUUGGAGGGGCAGGUCUGGGCUGGAAUGGGGCAGAGGACAUAGGGGCUGAUGUUGAGGUUUUCCCAUCAGAACCAGAUCUUUGAAGGAAAAUAUCCCAGAUAGCAGAAGUUUCAGUAAGGAACAUAAUCCCCUACUCUGCUCUUUGCUGGCGUGGAAACAUCUAGAACAGAAAGGAUCCACUAUGGGGCUGGGGGCAGAGAAGUCUGGAAAAGGAGAUUCAAGAUGCCUUUUUUCUUAAGGUUUCUGCCGGGGAGCAAGAGCAGCUGGUGCGCACCCCCCCACACACAUGCUGUGCUCCCAGGGGUGACCAGGCGUGGAGGGGGAUAAAGGCAACAGCUUGUGUAAAUCUGCCCCUCUUUCCGGCCCCUUGUUGGCUGCCACUGUCUAGACUGUUGACCUCCCUGCCCCUUUGAGUGUCUGAAUUAGAAGUCCCUUUCCAGGAUGGCAGGACAGAGCCCCAUUCUUCCCCAGGGCCCCGGCCUCUACCUUCUGGAAGCUCUUGUGAUCCUGCAGCCAGUGGCCACAGAGGCAGAAACAGGGUAACUCUUUGCCAUGUUACCCUGUGUGACCACAAAUCCUGGGGCAGAGAAGAGCUUUGUUUUUAUAUCCCAGAUAUACUUUCUCUUCCCCAGGCACAAGUGCCUUUUAAGGGCCUGGGACUGCUGGCUGCAAGCAUUAUUGCAGCGAGGAGGCAGGUUGAGGCCACAGUUCCACUUAGGCUCUUAGCAGAAUGGCUGUUGGAGCAGGCAGGUGUGUCCCCGUUUUCAGGGACAGUUGUCACAAGCUGAGCCUCGGGGCCUCUGAGCCCCAAACUGCUCCUCCUCCCCCAAAUCCUUUUCCCCAUUCUCUCCCUGGAGACCCACAGAAGUGCCUGCCUCUUUAAUACUCAUGACGCACAAAGAAUGGGACAGGAAUCAGCCACCAGGAGGAGGUCAUGGCUCCUGACUACCCAGGCCCAGGUUGACCCAGCUACUUGCAGGGGUGAGGUCUGGGGCCCAGGGCUUUUGUGUCCUGACAUUUUGUCUUAAGGAAAUCCCCCAGGGAGCCAGUUUUGAAUCCGGCUCUCUGCUGGCCAAGGGCUGCUGUGUCCCAGCUCCGGCUGGAGGCCAAGAAGGCCUCAUCCGGGCCUUCAGAAGUGGGGUUCACUUUCUGCUUGCCCUCAGAGUACCUGGCUUCUUGUGGGGACUCCCCCUUAUAACUCAGGAUUUUAUCUUGUCCUAAAUUUUGCUGUAGGAGAAAAUCUCUUCCUGCUUAAGGUGACUGUGUUUUCUGUCCCCAAAGGAGGGCUCAGCCCUUCCAGCCUCAGUGUGGCUUUUCCCUGACCCUCAGAACUCUGGCCAGUGCCUUGUCUGAAACCCCUGUGUCUGGGAUCCCCAGGCAGAGAAGGGUCUGCCGGACUCUGCUUAGGUCUGGGUCCCGGAGACCCCAAACUUGACACUCCAGAAAGCAAAUAAAACAGUUGAAAUAUG